CGAUGUGACCCGACAGAGAAAAUGGCGGCGGCGGCGGGGGAUCGCGCCUCGUCAUCGGGAUUAUCCUCGGGCGGCGGCGCGGAGGCGGCCGCCGCCGCCGCCUGCGGGAGCCUGAAGGGCGGCGCGGUGGCGGGGAGCGUCGCCGGGAGCGGCGGGGGGCUCUUGCGGGAGGCGGGCGGCGGCGGCUGCCGGGAACAGCGCUCUGACUGGAGACGGAAGCAGCUGCGCAAAGUGCGGAGCGUGGAGCUGGACCGGCUGCCGGAGGCGCCCCUCUUCCUCGCCACCCCUCCGGCCGCCUCCUCCUCUUCCUCCUCCUCCUCGCCGGAGCCCCCCGAGACGCUGCUGCUCCACUACCUGACCGGGCCGCCUCGCUGCAGCCCCUCCAGCCCGGCUGCCUUCCCCAGCCGCUGCGCCGAGCUCCUGGAGCCGCUGCCGGCGGGGAGCCUGGCGGGGACGGACCCCGCCGCCGACCGGAGGAUGGAGCCGUCCCCGGCCGCGAGUCGUGACAUGGAGAAUAAAGAAACCCUUAGGGGGCUGCAGAAGAUGGAUGACCGCCCAGAAGAGCGCAUGAUCAGGGAGAAACUCAAGGCAACGUGUAUGCCAGCCUGGAAGCAUGAAUGGCUGGAAAGAAGAAGCAGGAGAGGCCCUGUGGUGGUGAAACCUAUCCCUGGAAAAGUAGAUGGAUCAGAAAUGAACAAACUCUGUCUAGAUCCUCAAGCCGAAGGACAAAACACUGCUUCAUCACCUACACAGAAAGGAAGACGUAGUCCUUCUCCUAGCAGUUCCUCUUCAUCAUCUGCUAGGACAGUUAAAUCUGAGUCACCAGGUGUUAGAAGAAAAAGGGUGUCUCCAGUGCCUUUUCAGAGCGGACGGAUAACACCACCCCGACGAGCCCCAUCUCCAGAUGGCUUCUCUCCAUACAGCCCUGAGGAGACAAAUCGCCGUGUCAACAAAGUGAUGCGAGCCAGGCUGUACUUGCUGCAGCAAAUAGGACCCAACUCUUUCUUAAUUGGAGGCGACAGCCCUGAUAAUAAAUACAGAGUGUUUAUUGGGCCCCAGACUUGUAGCUGUGGCCGUGGGACAUUUUGUAUUCAUCUGCUGUUUGUUAUGCUGAGGGUUUUUCAGCUUGAGCCCUCAGACCCAAUGCUCUGGAGAAAGACAUUGAAGAACUUUGAGGUUGAGAGUUUGUUCCAGAAAUAUCACAGUAGGCGUAGCUCGAGGAUCAAAGCUCCAUCUCGUAACACCAUCCAGAAGUUUGUCUCACGCAUGUCAAAUUCUCAUACAUUGUCAUCAUCUAGUACUUCUACAUCUAGUUCAGAAAACAGUAUGAAGGAUGAAGAAGAACAGAUGUGCCCCAUUUGUUUGUUAGGCAUGCUGGAUGAAGAAAGUCUAACUGUGUGUGAAGAUGGCUGCAGGAACAAAUUACACCACCACUGCAUGUCAAUAUGGGCAGAAGAAUGCAGAAGAAACAGAGAGCCACUCAUCUGUCCACUUUGUAGAUCUAAAUGGAGAUCUCAUGAUUUCUAUAGUCACGAAUUGCCAAGCCCUGUGGAUUCUUCUGUUCUCCGUAUGGUUCAGCAACAAUCUCAGCAGCAGUCUGCAGUUGGAUCACAGAGAAGAACUCAAGAUAGCAAUUUUAACCUUACUCAUUAUGGAGUCCAGCAGAUCCCUUCUACAUAUAAAGAUUCAGCUGAGCCAUGGAUUCAGGUAUUUGGGAUGGAGCUAGUUGGCUGCUUGUUUUCUCGAAACUGGAAUAUACGAGAGAUGGCACUUAGACGUCUUUCCCAUGACGUUAGUGGUGCUCUGUUACUGGCUAAUGGUGAAAGCACUGGAAACUCCGGAAGCAGCAACACAAGUGCUGGAGCUCUGGGAGCAGCUAGUGGGUCAUCUCAGACCAGUAUCUCAGGAGAUGUUGUGGUGGAAUCCUGCUGCAGUGUGCUGUCCAUGGUCUGUGCUGACCCUGUCUACAAAGUGUAUGUUGCUGCUUUAAAAACUUUAAGAGCCAUGCUAGUGUACACUCCCUGUCAUACUUUGGCAGAGAGGACUAAACUACAGCGACUUCUCAAGCCAGUAGUAGAGACGAUAUUAGUUAAAUGUGCAGAUGCUAACAGUCGAACAAGUCAACUUUCAGUCUCAACGCUGUUGGAGAUGUGUAAAGGUCAAGCAGGCGAGCUGGCAGUUGGGAGAGAAAUACUUAAAUCUGGAUCCAUUGGUAUUGGAGGUGUUGAUUAUGUCUUAAAUUGUAUCCUUGGAAAUGAAAUUGAAUCUAGCAACUGGCAAGCACUGUUGGGACGACUUUGUCUAAUAGACAGACUUCUGUUGGAAUUUCCUGGUGAAUUUUACCCCCACAUUGUCUGUGGAGAUGUAUUGCAGGCUGAUACCGUAGUUGACAGGUAUAAGAAACUUCUCUCUCUCUUAACCUUCGCCUUGCAGUCAAUUGACAAUUCCCACUCAAUGGUUGGCAAACUGUCACGGAGAGUAUUUUUAAGUGCAGCAAGAAUGGUAGCAAGAGUGCCCCAUAUUUUUGUAAAGCUGUUAGACAUGUUGAGUGUGACAAGCUCAACUCAUUACGCUAGGAUGCGUCGACGUCUGAUGGCAAUAGCAGAUGAAAUGGAAAUUGCAGAAGCCAUUCAGUUAGGCAUGGAAGAAAUGCACUCUGGGGAAUGCCGACAUGAAGACUUUUUACAGCUACCCGUGCCAGAUAACUCUCCAGAAACUACAGAAAAUAAUACCCCUAAUAAUACUGUGCAGUUAUCAGGGAAAAGUGGGAAAGGUUUGAGUGACAGAAAACUGAGUGCCAGUCCAGAUGACAUUUCUGAGAUGCUGGCUGGCCUUGCUAUGGGACUUCCUGUUUCAUCAGUAACCACUGAGCAACCAAAACCAGCCAUUCAAACAAAAGGAAAACCCCACAGUCGGUGUGUGAACUCUCCUCCCUCAUCCAGUCAUUCCCAGUCACUAUUUCCAACACUUCUGUCUCCAUCAAACCCAUCUGUACCAGCUGGCCCUGUAACAGAUGUCUCGAAACUCAGACCUCAGGGAUUUGUUCCCUGCAAAAUCCCCUCACCUUCUCCACAAACACAGCGGAAACUUUCUCUCCAGUUUCAGCAAAACUGUUCUGAAAAUAAAGAAUCUGAGAAACUUUCUCCAGUUUUUACCCAGGCCAGGCCAUUGGCAUCCAGUCACGUACAUAGGCCAAAGCCAUCACGACCCACCCCAAGUGAUGUGAACAAGCAAGGAGAAACCUUAAAAAACAGUAUGACACUUGACCUGAAUGAUAUUUCACAAUGUGAUGGCAAUAGCAGUGCAGUUAUACCAAGUGAAGAGACAGUGUUCACACCAGUAGAUGAAAAGUGCCGGCUGGAUGUUAAUGCAGAGCUGAAUUCCAGUAUUGAGGACCUACUUGAGGCUUCCAUGCCAACAAGUGAUGGCACAGUUACAUUCAAGUCUGAAGUUGCAGUUCUUUCUCCUGAGCGGGCAGAAAAUGAUGAUACUUACAAAGAUGAUGUAAAUCAUAAUCAAAAAUGCAAGGAAAAGAUGGAAGCUGAAGAGGAGGAAGCUUUAGCUAUUGCUAUGGCAAUGUCAGCAUCCCAAGAUGCCUUGCCAGUAAUUCCCCAGCUACAGGUCGAAAAUGGUGAAGAUAUCAUAAUCAUUCAGCAGGAUACACCAGAAACCCUGCCUGGACAUACCAAAGCAAAACACCAUUACAGAGAAGAUGCAGAAUGGCUUAAAGGUCAGCAAAUUGGUCUUGGAGCUUUCUCUUCCUGUUACCAAGCUCAAGAUGUGGGAACAGGGACGUUAAUGGCUGUAAAACAGGUGACAUAUGUCAGGAACACAUCAUCUGAGCAAGAAGAGGUGGUUGAGGCACUGAGGGAAGAAAUAAGGAUGAUGAGUCAUCUGAACCAUCCUAAUAUUAUUCGGAUGUUGGGUGCUACAUGCGAGAAGAGCAACUAUAACCUGUUUAUUGAAUGGAUGGCAGGGGGUUCUGUUGCUCAUUUAUUAAGUAAAUAUGGAGCCUUCAAAGAAUCGGUUAUUAUUAAUUACACAGAACAACUGUUACGUGGCCUUUCUUACCUUCAUGAGAAUCAGAUAAUCCAUAGAGAUGUUAAAGGUGCCAAUUUGCUAAUUGACAGCACAGGUCAUAGAUUAAGAAUUGCUGAUUUUGGAGCUGCAGCCAGGUUGGCAUCAAAAGGAACUGGUGCUGGGGAAUUUCAGGGACAGUUGUUGGGAACUAUUGCAUUUAUGGCACCGGAGGUCCUGAGAGGUCAGCAAUAUGGAAGGAGCUGUGAUGUGUGGAGUGUUGGCUGUGUUGUCAUAGAAAUGGCUUGUGCUAAACCUCCUUGGAAUGCAGAGAAACACUCCAAUCAUCUUGCUCUGAUAUUUAAGAUUGCUAGUGCAACUACUGCUCCAUCAAUCCCUACACAUCUGUCUCCAGGAUUGAAAGAUGUGACUCUUCGGUGUUUAGAACUUCAACCUCAGGACAGACCCCCUUCUAGGGAGCUGCUGAAACACCCAGUCUUCCGUACUACAUGGUAGCUACUUAUUUGUAAGGCUGAAAUACUGAAGAAAAUGCUACUGAAUAU